ACAAUAAAAGACUUGUUUUGCAUUGUAAAACUUUAUAGAAAUAAAUAAAAACUUGUAAUAUGACUGAAGAUGACGAUUUUCAUAUUGGACUUUAUGAAAAUGGUCAUUGGGCAUGGAAUGAUAGACUAGAACAAAUGAUAUAUGUAAGUCACCGGCAUCCUCAGGAGGAGGAAGUUCCAUUAGAUUUUUACUUGGCGCCGACUAAUCACAUGCAAUUUAGAGAAGAUGUUGAUCUUGUGGAACAGAUGCGUUAUCGUCGACAUUUUCAACGAAAACUGUUACCAGGCCACCCUGAUAUAAUUUCAUUACAGGACAUCAAAGACCUUGUGAUAUACACUGCUCCUGUGAACUUUUUGAGUUCUCGACUCAUUAAUAUGUUACAUACACCUACAGGAGAAAGAUUUCUGAGAGCACUAGUUCUUUAUUGCGCUUACUCAUUACAGGUUACAGAACAAAUGGUUUUACGUAAUCUGGAACUGGAAACAAAAAUCAGGACUACGGACAGCGGAAUACUGGAAGAUGAACUGCGUGAUAACUUAUCUGAUAUUCGAGUGCUAGUGGCUAAAGAAUACUGCGUUAUUCUUACUGGUGCGGAUGACAUGAAGCCAUUUCACCACAUGGGCCCCAUGAAGGAUAAACGUUCCCUACCCGGAAAAGAUGCUCGUACAUUUGAUAUAUUUGUACGUCUGUGUGUUCAAAUAGUUUAUUUGGCUCUUGGACGCCGAAAUUUACAUCAAAUUGAAAUAGAAACUCAUCGUAUAUUAAAAUCGGAGGCCUUCAACGCAAAUGAGUCCAAAUCACGAGCACGACCCAUGGAACUCCAAGCCAGCCAAUCUAAAACACAACAAAAGCAGCCUGCGUUUAUACAAGAUGUCAUUUACGGCAAGUGCUUUCGUCACCACCGAGGAGUCUUUACACAUUCACCGCUUUUGAACGAAAUCUUCUGUCCUGCCAGACCAGUAGACUACCGAAUGUUGGGCCUCGCAGUUACCAAGUAUCCUCAGCUGACUCCACGGCUAGAAUUCCUGCGAAUGAUCCUGGCUGGAUCAGAUAAAGACUUAGUGGAAAAUAAUAUAAUUGUGGGCAUCAUAGGGAUGCCACGCGACCUGUUCGACAUUAUGCUCAGGUUUUUACCACCUACUUCCAGCCAAGAUAAGUCAAAAUCUGGUGUAAUACCUAAGAUGAGCGCCGCCAAAGCUACGGCAUCGCGGGCAAGCAGUAUGUCCGCAAAGAAAUCUACAUACGCGCCAACCUAUCCUGAAAUUGUGAUACCACCUAAAACAGACGUCGAGUUGACCGCUCCAGAAGGGUUUAUUGACGAACCAGAUGUAGUUGUACCUGUGAAUGAGGUGCAGAGAAAACUCUGGCUGCGAAGGUUCAAAUCGAUGAUGAAGCUACUAAAACAAAAGAGACGUUAACUUUGAUUUUGUUAGGUUACUAUGCUCAAGGCCAGGGCGGUGUGGGUGAGACUUUCCUAGAGGGGCCGAGUAAGAGUAAAAAGUGCAGUCUUUUCAUUUGCAACUUUGGCUUUGCACCCAAGUACCCUCCAAUAACCAUUGGAAGUUCGCGGAUACUAGGACCUGGAGAGCAAUUGUCAUCCAAAUCAA